AUCACAGAGUACUUUCAACUUUGUAAAUAUCUGCGGAUGUUGGCAUUUGAUUUGAUAGAGUACUUACCUGUACAAGUUAAACUUAAACGUACCACAAAGCGAUUUUGUAAUUUAAAAUUAAUAUUUAUGAAAUAUGAAGUGUUUAGUUUCACCACCAUCACCUUGAUAUGUGCAGUUCGGAAAGAAUCCAAGAAUCAUUUGUUUCGAUAACAAUGUUUACAGUUUUUUGGUCUAGGUACUAAGGAGUGACAACAGAGUAAUUAGGGACAUUCUAGUGUUUAGUGCUACUCACCCUCACCGUGAUCGUUUGUUUUUCCAGAGAAGAAAUGAGUAAAAAUUUACGGUAAUGGGUGGUUGCUGCUGUAAAGAGAAGGCGCCGGAUGAGCCGGUGUACAUACCGUCACCCGCUCGGCCGGCGUCCGCGCUGGUUACGGAUCCCCACUUACGUAUCCCAAGAGUUGUAGAUCCAAAGCUGGUUGAUCAACUUAUCAUAGAAAUGCUUACGGUAGCAGCUUCACGCGUCGAUUCUGACGAUGAAUCGCCAGUCUCUCUCGUGAAACUACAUGUAAUAGCUGAUAAAGAGGAGGGAUGGAUUCAAAUGGUCACAUCCAUGGUCAAUGUAAUCCCGUUAGAAGAUCCAUUCGGGCCGACAGCUAUAUCUAUUUUGUUAGAUGAGUGCCCUUUACCGUCUAAAGAAACAGUCAUUAAAGUGACACAGUUGUUUGGACUGUCCGCUCAGCGCGCAAGUAUUAGUGACUGGAAUGUCCGAGUAGAGCGCAAUAUUUGCGUCGCCUUAGGCUGUAUUGCCGAAAAGCUAGUUGGGCCUAACAGCGUGGCGAUACUCACUGAGAAUACUCUGGACUAUCUGCUUGCCUACUUGUCCACGAAAUACGAUCCGCGCAUAGUAUUAUUCGCUUUAAUAGCUGUACAGAAAUUCGCCCAUACUACGGAGAAUAAAUUAACUAUAAAGAGCCGUCUAGAAGAGUUUCAACAGCAUCCUUUACUAAAACUUGAAGAUUUUGCCAAUAUCGACCAUUGGUUGUGGCGGCAAGUCGGCUUUUGCGCCAAGUGGGCACUCGACAACCUCUUCAUUGUCGAGGGCAGAAGCCUGUCCUACGAAACGGUGGAUAUGUCAGGCAUCCACGCAAUACUGAAUUCCCAAGACGUGAGCGAAUAUUUGCAAAUAUCGUGCAACGGGCUGGAAGCCCGAUGUGACUCGUAUUCUUUCGAGAGUGUACGUUGCACAUUCCAAGUGGACAGCGGCUGUUGGUAUUAUGAGUCGAUCAUAAUUACGCCCGGCGUUAUGCAGAUUGGCUGGGCGACAAGAAACAGUCACUUUUUGAAUGAUGAGGGCUACGGUAUCGGAGACGAUGUGUACUCGUUGUCGUACGACGGAUGUCGCAGGCUGGUGUGGUACAACGCGCGCCCAACGUCGGUCCCAAACAUUCCCGCUUGGCGCCCUGGCGAUGUACUGGGUUGCCUCAUCGACUUGGACGCGAAGGAAGUCAUCUUUUCCAUCAACGGGCAGCGAUUGGCACCCUGCCGGGAGAUCUUUGAAACCACCAGAUAUGGAUUCUUUGCUGCAGCAAGUUUCAUGGCCUAUCAACAGUGCCGUUUCAAUUUCGGCUACAGCGCAUUCCAGUUCCCUCCCACGGAUCGCUCGUAUUCAGCUUUCAACGAUUACGGCAAGCUGACUGAAGAACAGAAGAAGGUGAUACCGAAAAGAUUAUAUCUGGAACAGCUGAGGUCUUCUGUAGUGCAAGAGAAUUCCUGCACAAUUUGCUUUGACGACAUCGCAUCUUGCAUCCUUGAACCCUGUGGACACAGGGGCUUUUGCUCAGUAUGCACAUCCCAGCUCAAAGAAUGCCCGAUGUGCAGAGCCGACAUUCUGAACGUAAAGAGGGAGGAUGCAUGACAUGAGCCUCGUUACGCUCGAUUAGGCAACAGAGUCGGCGUCAUGCCAUCUCUCUCGCCACUGACUGAAUACGUAACUCCAUCUCUUUCACCGAUCUCCGAAGAUGUAUCAGUGAAUCUCCCGGGCUACGCUGUGUCUGCCGAUAAUGAAAACGAAGACGGAAACAUGUUCCAUCCUCGACCGCCGCGGCGCCGGUCCAACUGACAUCCAUGGAGCUUCCCCCGGGCUGCUCCCGGCGCGUUCAACAUUAGAACGAACUAUGUCUUACUUUAUCCGGACCAACUCACCGCAAUGUACAAUGUGAAUCGAUUGGAAAUUAGGAACGAGCUUCAUUACGUACAACUGUUGGGUAAUUGGCGACCUACUCUUUCCCCCGUUGAUGAAGACGUUACUCCAUCUCUUUCUCCGGUAUCAAACGACCCAAUCGCUAAUUAUAACGCCAUCGAAGGAGUCGACUCUCAUCCGUCUCAGCAUUCAUCGAAUGGCGAACCUUCUAUUUCCCCUUUGCCGGAAGACUUCACGCCUUCCCUUUCCCCCAUAUCCGAUGACAUUCCAGCUGAUAUGUCAAAGGAUAACCCGCACGGAGAGCAUAAUGCGGGAAAGUCUGAUGAUUCGUUGCUACUAUCAUUUUGGUAUCCUUCGCGUGCCUCCUUACAUGAAGACCUCAAUCCUUCUCUUUCCUUCACAUCUUAUGACAGUCCGCUCCCAAACAAUGAGGUUAUGGAAAAUAGAGAUGGCAAUGAAUAAACCAGAAUUUUUAAUUUGUGUAAACAACCCUGUCAAAACUAAAAAAGUUUUGUUACUCUAUAGUUUUUUGGUUGCCUCAAAACUUAAUAAAAUAUAUAAUUCAAUGGCAUAAAUUCUCCGUCCUGUUUCAUUUCUGUACGUAACGGCAGGACGACUUCAUACCAUGAUUCUCUCUCUAACGAGCGUAUCGUAUAGUCGUAUAGAAGCUAUGAUACAGAGAUGUAUUGCAUAUUUAUUUACUGUUACACUUCGAUUAAGUGUUAAAAUGUGUGAUCAUUGUUAGCUGUAUACAUGAUACAUGCGUAAUAAUACAUUUUCAAAUACCAUACUUGUGAACGUUGAUUCGAUGUUAUGAAAAUGUAUAAGUAUUCAAAAAAUGAAAUGAAUGGCCGUCGCACACGUUAGCUUUAAACAACGCAUUUGUUGUAGUAUAUAAAGCUUUCUGUUUAUUUAAUAUGUACAUAAUAAAUGUUAGUCGUAAGGUUUUCUUUAAUUUUAUUUUUUGUUAAAGCAUUUUUUAUUUACUUUCAUAAACUAAUUAUUUACUUUCAUAAUUAGUUUAAUAAAUACUUUCGUAAGAUAUGUAUAUCUCGAGUCCAUAUUACGAAUUUCACUAUUUAUAAGCCCAUACAUAUUAAUACUUACUCUAAGGGCGGUUACGCACUCAUCCGAUCCAAAUCCGUGAAAAUACGUUCCGAAGUAGUCAUAGAACUAUUUGUGUGGUAACUUACGCAUAAGAUCCGACUUCUGUCACUCGAUUUCUUUCUAGUCCAGUCAUUAUAGUAAGUUCACCUCGGAAUUCGAGAUACCCAGCUGUAAGUCUGUAAAUACUUGUAUAUUGACACCCUAAAAUUGUCUCAAAACUUACAUAUGCAAAAACCCAUAGGAAAUGAGAUAUUUACAAAAAAAAAGCGCUAAACAAGUAUUUACAGACUUACAGCUGGGUAUCUCGCAUUCCGAGAUUCUUACCUAAUUUAAGCUUAAAUGACUGGCCUAUUCCGUCUCGGAUAAAUAUCGGACGUAUGAGUAGAUAUGUCAAAGAUGUCCACUGAAUAGGAUUUCUAGGCUCGGAUCGGAUGGAUGCAUAACUGCUCUUAUAGUUCAGAACUCACCAUCGACAAUUACCAUAUAAACGAUAAAUAUUGUAUAGCCUCUCUUAGACGCCCUUGAACAAGUUGCGCAUCGCCACAGUGCAGAUUAGCAGAAUCUUGAAUUACGAUGAAAGUUCGCUUGAUAAGAAUAAUUAAAAUUUUAGUUACGAUUGAUGACUGCUUUGGGCAAGUAUGUGUAACUAAAGAUACCAUUUUAUCAUCUUCAAUGAAUGCAGACUUACCAUCUUUUUUCACUGGUUCAAAUCGCAACGCGCGUUAAUUUAGGUUCAGGGGUGAGCGCAACAAAAGAGCUUUUUUUCAAUGAAUAUAAUUGUAACUCAAAAUCGACCUAGGCUCAUCGAUCUACAAUUGCAGAUUGAUCUCUUUUUUUUCUUGAUUGAUUGGCUAGAACAAUAUCUUUUUGGUUUUCGACGUAAUGUUUUUUUUGAUUAAUAAAUUUUAGACAGUAAAAACACUGUAACAGUACUACGCACAGUAAGGCAGGUAUUUGAAGGUACUCCUCUUUCAGCUGCAGCACAUGCUACGCACGUAUAUUGACAAAUGGCAAAGAUUGGCUUACCAUAAAUGCCUACCUAUAUUUCGCGAUAGGCCGACAUGCCAUUCGGGGUAUGAGGUGAGUUGUGGAGGGGAGGGACGUCCCGAUUGCUAUUCAAGUGAUUUUGGUGUAAAAUGUAAGUCACGUCACUCACAGCUAAAUGACAGACUAUGAAGGUAUACCUUUAUGGAUAUUUUCAACUGAGUAUUGCAAUGGAUGAAGUGAGACCUAAGGCUAAAAUCAUUGUUUGGUGCUAUGAAGCUACGCGUUUUAGUAGGUUGCAAUAGAUGAUACCUAUACUUUUAUAGAGAGGAAACCCAAGCUUACGUGCGUAGUAUUUUACUGUGCAUCAAUCUCAAUCUACUGAUCUCGUCGUUACGUAGGUAGAUUCUAACAACUCAUUAGAUUGAAUAAGUACAUUAUUGAUGGAAAAACAUUAUAUAACAUAGACUGGGUUAUAUCAAAGGUAACGAUAACGGAUGUGACUGAUUUUGGGUUCACACGAUAAAAGAAAACUGAUGUCAAAUUUGUCAGUCGGCUUGCGGGUUUUACAGGUACUUUUGAAUCCUGCUUUUGAAGUACUUUAAUAUCCAGCAUCAGCUGCACACGUGAUCGUUACCAAAGUUUUGACAUCCUAGUAGAUAUAAGUAGGUAGAAUAGAUUUUAAGGCGCAAACUAACUACUGCGUGUGAUGCGGUAGAAGACACAACAGAGUCACAUCUAUACCUACUUGUAAAAACUGUAAUCUAUGUUUUCUGUACAAUAAAUAUAUUUUGAAAAAUUUAAA